GGUCAAGGAAAUGGGAUCUGGAAGAAUGCAUAUGAGCGUGCAACCAACUUGGUCAGCCAGCUAACCCUUGAAGAGAAGAUUAACAUCACACGUGGCUAUGCUGGUGACAACGUCUGCGCGGGUAACACCGGAUCCAUCCCACGUCUUGGUUGGCCAGGCAUGUGUUUACAUGACGCUGGGAAUGGCGUUCGAGCGACAGACCUAGUCAAUUCAUAUCCGUCGGCCAUACAUGUAGGUGCCAGCUGGGAUAGGAACUUGACUUAUCAACGUGGCUAUUACAUGGGAAAAGAAUUCAAGACCAAAGGCAUCAACGUCUUGCUGGGACCCAACGCUGGUCCUCUGGGUCGAACUCCACUGGGCGGACGGAACUGGGAGGGCUUCUCCGUUGACCCAUUCUUGUCCGGACAGCUGAAUGCCGAAACCAUCAUCGGGCAUCAGGAAGCCGGUGUGAUCGCCAAUCUCAAGCAUUUUAUCGGAAACGAGCAAGAGACUUUCAGAAGGCCAUACUUCGGUGUAGAAGCAGCUUCAUCCAACAUUGACGAUAGAACUCUGCACGAAUUCUAUCUUUGGCCAUUUGUCGAUGGGGUUAAAGCGGGAGCGGCGUCGAUCAUGUGCUCAUACAACAGAAUCAACAACACAUAUGGAUGCGAGAAUAGUAAGCUAUUGAACGGGAUUCUAAAGACAGAAUUGCAAUUUGAGGGGUUUGUCCUUCUCGACUGGAACGCACAGCACAAAUUGGAGAGCGCCAAUGCUGGUCUAGACAUGGUCAUGCCCCUUGGGGGGAAUUGGGGCUUAAAUCUCACAACUGCAGUCAAUAAUGGAACAGUGGAUGCUUCAAGGAUAGACGACAUGUCCACAAGGAUCCUAGCAGCUUGGUAUCUUGUCGGGCAAGACACCGACUUCCCAAUCCCUGGCAUUGGCAUGAAGAAUCUGACUGAGCCGCACGAUCAGAUCGACGCUCGUGAUCCUAAAGCGAGACCAACAAUACUCAGCGGAGCCGUUGCCGGCCAUGUGUUGGUGAAGAACGACAAUAAUUCACUGCCUUUCCGCAGAGCCCCGAAAAUGAUGUCCAUAUUUGGAUAUGAUGCAACAGUGCCUUCGACGAAGAACACCGACAAACUCUUUGAGCUUGGCUACUACUCCUCUCCCGAGAUGGCUCAGGCCGUACUGGGAACAGAGAGGCAUUUUGACCAAGCAGCUAAGGGAGGGACCAUUGUAAGUGGGGGACGUGCUGCAGCCAAUGCACCGUCUUAUAUACUCGAUCCGUUGAGUUCACUGCAACACAGAGCCGCAAAAGAUGGCACUUGGGUCAACUGGGAUCUGACUUCUGGGGAUCCCGAUGUCAAUGCUGCUAGCGAUGUUUGCCUGGUUUUCAUCAACGCCAUGGCAACCGAAGGAUGGGAUCGAGAUGGCUUACACGACGAUUUCAGUGAUGGCCUCGUCUUGAGUGUGGCCGAUAAGUGCGCCAACACAAUUGUGGUCGUUCAUGCAGCUGGCAUUCGCCUAGUUGAUCAGUGGAUUGAUCACCCAAAUAUCACGGCUACAGUCAUCGCCCAUCUGCCCGGUCAAGACAGUGGGUCGGCCCUUGUUAAGCUUCUGUACGGUGAGGCUUCAUUCUCUGGUAAGCUUCCGUAUACUUUGGCUCGGAACGAAAGCGAUUAUUCCGUGUAUGCACCUUGUGGGAGGCAAUCCAAUACCACCAGUCCCCAAUGCGAUUUCAAGGAAGGGGUAUAUGUCGACUACCGUGCCUUCGACGAAAGAGGCAUCGAGCCAAGGUUUGAGUUUGGGUUUGGGUUGACGUAUACCCAAUUUACCUACUCUUCCCUACGGGUCAAGGCGACGGAUAUCUUGAUAGGUGCUGCGCCAAGCACUGAGGUCUUAUGGGAGGUGAUAUUGAAUGUCGAGGCAUCAUUGAACAAUACUGGAAAUCGCGCUGGCGAGGAAGUUGUGCAGCUAUACGUUGCAAUUCCAAAUAGCCCCCCGAAACAGCUUCGGGGCUUCGACAAGGUGCCACUUGAUAUCGGAGAGAGUGCCACUGUCCAAUUCGAACUGACAAGAAGGGACCUUAGCGUUUGGGAUGUUAUGGCUCAGACUUGGACACUUCAAGACGGCAAUUAUACAGUAUUUGUAGGCGCAAGCAGUCGGAAUCUCCCUCUUCAAAUCUUACUUACUUUAUGA